UUUUCUUUUUAUUCUCCCUGACGCAAAAACAUUUCUCCCUCUCUUUUUUUUCUCUUCUCUCUCUCUCUCUCCUGGUAAUUGAAUCGUGCUUUCAAUUCAAUGGUAAAAGAGGGAGAGGAAAGAGAGAUGAGUGUGUUCUUUGAUGGAAUAAUCGAAGCCAUGCCUCUGUUUGCUAAGGAAUUGGUUGCUGGGGGUGUGGCUGGAGGCCUUGCCAAGACUGCUGUUGCUCCGCUUGAGCGUGUCAAGAUUUUGUUUCAGACCAGAAGAGCAGAAUUCCAGAGCAUAGGGCUCUUUGGAUCCAUUAAAAAGAUAGCCAAGACAGAAGGUGCCAUGGGUUUCUACAGAGGCAAUGGUGCCAGUGUUGCUCGAAUAGUUCCCUAUGCCGCACUUCAUUAUAUGGCUUAUGAGCAAUAUCGUAGAUGGAUUAUCAAUAGUUUUCCUGAUAUCGGAAGAGGUCCUGUGCUUGAUCUAGUGGCAGGAUCAUUUGCUGGAGGAACUGCUGUGAUUUUUACUUACCCUCUUGAUUUAGUCCGGACAAAAUUAGCUUAUCAGGUUGUUAGUUCAUCAAAGAUGAACGUUCAAGGGAUAGUUAGCACUGAACAGAUUUACAAGGGAAUUCUUGAUUGUUUUUCAAAGACCUAUAAGGAAUCUGGGAUAAGAGGUCUCUACCGAGGUGCAGCUCCAUCACUUUAUGGAAUUUUCCCUUAUGCUGGUUUAAAGUUCUAUUUCUAUGAGGAGAUGAAGAGGCAUGUUCCUGAGGAGCACAAGAAAGAUAUUACCGUGAAACUUGUAUGUGGAUCUGUUGCAGGUCUACUGGGGCAGACCUUCACAUACCCUCUUGAUGUUGUUAGGAGGCAAAUGCAGGUUGAAAGGCUGGUGUCUAAUAGUGGAGAGUCAAGAGGAACAAUGGAAACCCUUCUCAGGAUUGCUCGAAAGCAAGGAGGGAAGCAAUUGUUUUCAGGGCUGAGCAUCAAUUACUUGAAGGUUGUACCAUCAGUAGCUAUUGGCUUCACUGUUUAUGAUGUUGUGAAAUCAUACCUUAGAGUUCCAUCAAGAGAUGAAGCUGUGAUAGAAGUGACAGCCAACAAAGCAAGUAGUCAACCAACAUCACUUCACUCUUAAUAAUGAAAUAUUCCAUUUCAAGCAAAGCAUUUUCAGGCAGGAGGGUUGGCUUGUGAAUUCUGAUUUUUGAAUAAACCUGUAUCUUGCAGUUAAUUCUCAUUAGUACAUUCCAUUCUUUUAAGCAGAAUGACAUCAACCGUGUUAGUGAAAUAUGUCCAAAUUCCAAAUAAAUUUGUACAGGUUAUAUCUUUAACAGUUAGCAAAUUUUAGUGAUUAGGCAUCUGGGUCAAAACCCACGUGGUAAAUGUAUAUGUGUAAAUAAUAGUCUUACCAUAGAAACUGAUUACUUGGAGAUAUGUAACUCUUCCAAACUCCAGUUUAUUGAUGUAGCUAUCAGAUCAACUUUAAUUACAUCUUGGCUCUGGUUCUCCCA